UCCUGCGGACAAGGUGUUCGCGUGGACUCCAGGUUCCGAGAUGCGCCUGGAAGAGUUUGGGAGGCGGCAGAGGGCCGUCGCUUCCUCUCGCCCGGCCAUUGCAAGCGGGGCUGGAGGGCGGCAGGCGUUGUGGCGGUGGUGGCGGCGGCGGGGCAGGAGGAGGGAAUGAGCGAGGAGGAGGCGGAGGAGCCUUGCGGGAGCGCGAGGAGCUGCGGCGGCUUCCCCAGUAUAGAGCAAAUGCUGGCGUCCAACCCCGGCAAGACCCCUAUCAGCCUGCUGCAGGAGUAUGGGACGCGCAUAGGCAAAACGCCCGUCUACGACUUGCUCAAAGCCGAGGGACAAGCACACCAGCCCAACUUCACCUUCCGUGUCACUGUCGGUGACAUCAGCUGCACUGGCCAAGGCCCUAGCAAAAAAGCAGCCAAACACAAGGCAGCAGAAGUGGCACUCAGGCUCCUGAAGGGAGGCAACAUGUUGGAGCCAGCAGCCCCAGAGGAAGCCAGCUCUCCUUUCUCUCUAGAGCCCCUGGCUCAGACCGCCACUCCACCUGCCACCACACCAGUGCCUGUCUUGCCGGUUGCGUCUCCCAGGAGCUCCCCGUUGGACAUGAAGUCCCCAGUAUCACCACAGCAGUCCGAGUGCAAUCCGGUUGGGGCCCUGCAGGAGCUGGUGGUGCAGAAAGGUUGGCGGCUUCCUGAAUAUACAGUCACCCAAGAAUCGGGACCAGCACAUCGCAAGGAGUUCACCAUGACCUGUCGUGUCGAGAGGUUCAUGGAAAUAGGCAGUGGCACUUCUAAAAAACUGGCCAAGCGUAAUGCUGCAGCAAAGAUGCUGGUGCGGAUUCAUAAUGUGCCCCUGGACCCCCGAGAGGGCAGUGAGGCCGAAGUGGAGGAGGACCAGUUCUCUAUUACCACAGGAAACAAGCUGGAUGGGGUGAAGGGUCGGGGCUCUGGCUGUACCUGGGACUCUCUGCGCAACUCAGCUGGGGAGAAAAUCCUGCACUUGAAGAGCCACCCCUUGGGGGUGCUGAGCGCCGGAUUCUGCAGCCUCUUGCAGGAGCUUUCUGAAGAGCAGAGCUUUGAUAUCAGCUACCUUGACAUUGAUGAGAGGAGCUUGAGCGGCCUUUACCAGUGCCUGGUGGAGCUCUCCACACAGCCAACCACGGUGUGCCACGGCUCAGCCACCUCCCGCCACGCUGCCCGGGCUGACGCUGCCCGCAACGCCCUGCAGUACCUCAAGAUCAUGGCAGGGGGGAAGUGACGUAACCAAACGCCACCCCAGGACUCUGGGGCUUCCCAAAGGGCUGGGCUCUGUUGCCUGCCAAUUGGGCAGGCUGCUUCAUUUUCUUCUGACUCGGAGGGGAUGGGGUGGGCAGACCGACAGCGAACGGGCUGCACCCCCCCAGUGUUCUGUGGGGUAGAGAAGGGCAAUGACUUCAAGCUGGAAUGAAGACUUGGGGUUUGCGGUACCUGCAAGCUCCAAAGGAGGUUGGCGGAGACUUGCAGCCCUGAGCCCUAAAGGGCUGGGACCGGCCCACUGUGGCCUCAUCAGAGGUUACCCCACUUCUUCUUGUAGGAGGGGGAUGAGAACUGGAUUUCGAAAAUUGGAGCUUUAUAAGGAGGUGUUGUCUUUUGCCCAUUGGACCUUGAAAGCGAAAGCAAUUGGUGUAGAACACACGCUGCUACGGAACUACAUACCUCUUGACGGCUGCCCCAGGAGGGCUGAGGCCCAGUUUCUGCCUACAGCAGAAUCAAAGUUUUUUUCCUAGACUAUGUCUCUUCAGGCUGCAAGAGAGGAAUUGUGUGUUUGAAUGCUGGCCCAUUUUAAAAGAAAUAAAAGGGAACUGACAGUG